UAUCCAACAAAACAAAAGCGCAGAAGCAUUAAUAGUUCAGCAAAGUAGAAAAUAUCAUAGCAAUGGCUUUCCAUUCCCACUCCGUACCUCACAAGGUUAUUUUCUGGGCUUUGGUGAUUGCUGUUGCUGCUGUUGCGAUCACUCCAUCGGCCGUUCUCGCCAAGAAGAUAACCGUUGGUGGAAACAAGGGCUGGACGAAAGGCUUCGAUUACCAGGGUUGGGCACAGGGCAGGAAAUUUCACGCCGGCGACAAGCUUUUUUUCAAGUACCUGAAGGGCGUACACAAUGUAUACAAGGUGAACCAAAAGCAGUUUGAGAGCUGCGACUUCGCAUCGGCCACAAAGAAGUACACUUCUGGAGGGGACACCAUUACAUUAAAGAGUGGAACAAGUUGGUUUAUCUGUGGCGUAGGGGAUCACUGCAUGGAUGGUCAGAAGCUCGUUGUCAAUGUCAAGUAAAGCUCAAAUAAUGUGCUGCUGAUCAGUUAAACCAUCCACAAGUCGUUUGGAUGUCAUUGCGGCUGGCGGGAAGAUCGAUCGUUUGCGUUAAAAUUUGCUUGUGGUUUUGAAAGAAACAAAAGAAAGAAGAGUAGCACAAGAAAUUGCCAUUAUUAGGCAAAUAAUGAAUAAGCUACAAAAUUUGCG